UAGAGCUGCGGCGCACAUCUGCAACAUCUGCACAGAGACGGAUGGGUUGAAAUCAUGAGCCAGAAAAUGGGUUAAAAUCAGCCUUAACUGGGAUUUUUUUCUUUCUCUCUCUUUGCUCUAAAAUGUGUUUCGGCUGUAGCACCCAGAAGUGAACAGCAGGCGACCCGGAAGGCUUGAAGUGUGGCUGAAAGCAGACAGAAAAAGCGGAGUCCUGUUCCGUUAGAAAUUGUUCUGUUUCUUCUCCUCUCGCUGGCGCAGGAUGGCUGAACCCCGAUUUAACAAUCCUUACUUUUGGCCCCCUCCUCCUUCUAUGCCUGGCCAGCUGGAUAACCUAGUCUUGAUCAAUAAAAUCAAGGAGCAGCUGAUGGCGGAGAAGAUCCGGCCACCACAUCUGCCCACUUCUUCGGCCGCCUCCCAACAGCCUCUUCUGUCUCCCUCCGGCCCGGCCGAAGGCAGCCAGCACGGCAUGUCCAAACCUCAGCAGGGGUCAGGGCUGCACAGUCCAAGCCCCUCUCAGCCUGAUAUUGCCCUGCAUGCCCGCCCUGCCUCCAGCUCUGUCACAGGUCGUAUUCUUGGAGACGUGAACUUGAAUCUGGAUGACAAAGCAGCUCUGAAAGCCCGUGGGCUGUGGGAGGACUGGCAUCUGCGUCAGCUCAUAGACCAUCCCUCUAGAACGAACCAUGUCUCAGGUGUGGCACUGGCAUCCAGAACUGGGAACCUCAGCACUUCAGAGAUCAUAACCCCCACAACUCCCACCUCAAGCAGCCACAGUCGGCUUGGUGGAGCCCCUACCCCUCAACUCAUCUCAGGGUUAGCUGGAAGCCACGGCAUGGAGCACGGGAAAACAAACGGAGGCUUUGUUGGACUCCUCGGCCCUCCUCCAAAGCAGGAACGAGGGCGCAAGAAGAUCAAGGCAGAGAACGGGUCUUCACUUUUGGUGGUACCGUACCCGAUCCUCGCCUCUGGCAACGAUCAGUCCUGCGUCACCAUUACUGCAAAAGAGGGGAAAACAUACAGAUGUAAAGUGUGUCCGCUGACCUUCUUCUCCAAGUCAGACAUGCAAAUUCACUCCAAAACACACACAGAGGCGAAGGCCCACAAGUGUCCUCACUGCACCAAGACCUUUGCAAACGCUUCAUACCUGGCCCAGCAUCUGCGCAUACAUCUGGGCCUCAAGCCGUACCGCUGCUCCUACUGUGAAAGAUGCUUCCGUCAGCUCUCCCACCUUCAGCAGCACAUAAGGAUCCACACAGGUGACCGCCCCUAUAAAUGCCUCCAUCCAGGAUGUGAGAAAGCCUUUACCCAACUCUCUAAUUUGCAGUCUCACCAGAGGCAGCACAACAAAGACAAGCCCUUCAAAUGCUCCAACUGUUUCCGUGCCUACUCAGACUCUGCCUCGCUGCAGAUUCACCUCUCUGCGCACGCUAUCAAGAACGCCAAGGCCUACUGCUGCAGCAUGUGCGGCCGGGCGUACACCUCAGAGACUUACCUCAUGAAGCACAUGCCGAAACAUGCUAUGGUUGAGCAUGUUGUGUCCCAUCAUUCGCCACCCAACAGGACAGAUUCUCCCUCUAUUCCCAUUCGGAUCUCCCUCAUCUGAGGUUCACAGCGGCUUCCAGCCCUCUGAGCACAGACUCUUACUACCAAGAUGGACCAUUUAGCUCAGAAAUAGAAUUCAGAAAUUUGAAAAAGGGAAGCUCAUCUGAUGAGCGGAUCCUUCUUCUAUAAGUUGUUAAUGAGAAAGUAUUAACGGGAUCAUGCAAAGAUAAUUUCAGCACUUUCAGGCCUGACUCUGACAGACCGAAAAUUCUUAUUUUUAUGUGACCUAAACAAGUAUUGCUCCAGGCAGCUACAUGGAAAACCUUUUUAAGCUUUGUGUUAUACAUAUAACUUUCUUUUUUAUACACUGCUUUAAUUAUCUCCUGUUAGGUUAUAUUAUAAUCUUAAGCAGUCUUCCAUUAUCGGCAGACCCAGGAAACCCAACCCUGCUAACACCCCUGUUUUGUACAAUCCCUUUAAUCACAUGCAUGUUUUAUUACAGCUGCGUAAUGUCACACAGAAAAUGUCAGAAAAAAAUCCAACAACUAAUUUGAAUCCAAAAAAUUUCCCAAUUUAUAAAAUAAUUCACAGGUGCAUAAAUGAUAUCCUUUAAAUCAGUGUUUUUCAACCCUAGUCCUCUAGGCACUCCGCUCUGCAUGUUUUUGAUGUUUCUCAGCUUCAACACACCAGAUUCAGAUGGUGGAGUGCAGCAAAGCCUGAUAAUAUGUUAUCAAUUGAUAGCAGAUGUGUGUAAACUAGCUCCAUCCGCCAGAAUCUUUUCUGCCUGCGAGUGGUCUAGCCUUGAUCAAUGCCCCAGGCCCUAGAACUGGCGGGCCAAUCACAAUACAGAGAUGUGUUUUGAUAUUUCUGGAUGCACAGUGGGUGGGGUUUUGAGGGCGGGACGACAAAGCUGCGUGACGCUUGAGAAAGCAAAAGGAAGAUGGCAACAACUAUUUAACAGUUCACGUUUGACUCAGAUUUGGAAUCAGUUUUGGAAGGAUUAGACUUAAGGUUUUCAUUGAAUCGUGAGCAGGAAGAGGCUCUACGCUCAUUCAUUUUUAAGAAGGAUGUAUUCGCCGUUUUACCAACAGGCUGUUUGUUCACACUCCCCCACCAGCUUUCUGUCAGUUGCGCUCAUUGGUCAGAGCUUUGGCCAAUAGGCACAGACAUGGUUGGAAAAACAAGGGGUUGUUCUCAUCAACAAUCUUCCGAUGUCUUAUUCAUCGGGGCAGGACUAAAUUACACGAUUCAUCUUACAUUUAGUCUGGUGUAUCAGGCUAUGAAAGCUGAGAAACACCUAAUGCCCUGAGGACCAGCGAAUACUUUUAAGCUGACAAAUCCAUUAGUAAUCCAUGAUUUUCUUGGUUUCUUUGGAUAUAAUUAUGGUGUUUUGCCAAGAGAUAGCUUCAUCUGAGCAACUAUCGCAAACGCUAACAUGCAGAGUUGCUAAACACCACUCGUUACCAUCGUUACCACUGUAACUGCUUUGGGCAGAUUGGAAUAGAAGUCAACCUCUUAAAAAACAAACACACCAGUUGGGUUUAACUUGAAAUAAUGAAUGAAUACUCUCAAAUUCACCUCAUGCCCAUUUUAAAGCACAGCAGAUGAUCUGUGAUGCUCUGGGUUUGUUUAACUUGGAGCCAACAUCAUAAAUAACGUAAAUGUAAUUGAACAUCUGUUUGGUAUUUGUUCAUUCUAAAUACUUUUCCCUGAGAAGGUUAAUAAACUACUGGCCCCUGUACAAUGUAGCUGUAUUUCAAAAAUAUUUCACAUUAUUGGACAGGACUACACUCUUGUACAGAAUAGAUAGAAUACACAAAAAGAAAUGGCGUGACAAAGACACAAAACCUAGAUUACAAGUAAAAUGAGUUACAGCAGUUUUUCAACUAAAAGCUAGAAAACGAAUAUACAAGCUAAAAACUCUGAUCAAUUUGGAGAAGGGAUUUAAAAACAGUAAGGGAGCCUGUCUGAUGAGCAUUCGUUCUAUAUUUAGGAGUCCUGAAAAAAGCACAGUCCCCUCCAAGCCAAAGUAAUUCAGAAAAAAGAAGAAUCAAUAGAAAUAGUUCACUGGAUACCAAAUCAACCUUUUUUCAUCGAUCCUUCUUGUCGUCAGACCGAAGUGCUGUGGAAAACCUGUGGAAUGAGCUGCAGACAAGGGAGCACAGAAGUAGAAGCAGGAGUCCAGAGCUCUGGGCUCUUUCUGCGUUGUAGUGUAUGUGGUCUCCUGGUACAUGUAUGGCUUCCCUCUGGGUACUCUGUUAGGUUAAUCAGUUUCUCUAAAUUGCCCUUACAUUGUUGGUAAUAGCCCAGCAAAGACAGGUGAUCAAAAAAACAAUAGGAGGAGGCAAUUUGUCUUUCCUCCGCUGACAGAUCUCCUAAAAUUAAAGGCGGGAUUUCUUUCUCAUGUUUUCUGUUAAUUAUUUUACUGCACAAAAAGUAGAUAUAUUUUAAGGUUUGUUUUUACACAUAUUUAUGACUGAUUGUCAACAUAUUUCUUAAUAUGUCUUAGUUAACGUAAAAUGUUAGUUUGAGUCCAUGUGUGUUUUAACACUAAUGCAUUAAAAGUGACGUUCCCUUUUUGCCGUACUCAUAAUCAGAUAGAUAGGUUUGAUUAAACUCUGAAUCCGAACAUCACAGUUUAAAAAAAAAAAAGGUGAUGAAAUUUGAGUUUUUCACAUCAACGUAAUUGCAAAAUAGAUCAAGACAAGCUUGGUACUUCUGCUAAUCUUGAGCUGUUGUUCAAUAUGAUGUUGCACUAAUGUGAAGAGAGAAGAGAUGAGAGAGAGUAGUAGAAGUACUAAGUGUUAAAAUCCUGUAUACUUCUUUAUCAUUUCCCUUUUUAUUCAGUUAUGCUUUAUUGGGAUUUUGCUAGAAAGACAUUUAAUUGAAAAAAAAUAUAUUUUAGCGUUAAAUGGUUUGAUGUUCUAAGUAUAUCUGUGAUCUCUGGAUGAAGAAGUUGCAUACAUUUGCAUAAUGCAUUCCCAGAUUAUUCCAAACAACAGCUGUGAGGUUUAUCUUACAAGAUGCCUUUUUUUUUUUACUUGUCGUGACCUACAAACUGAAAGGCACGUGCACAUUUCACAGGUGCUCAUCCUCAGCGCAUUUUAGGAUCAUUUCUGGAAGUCUGCUUACAGCUGGUUCAGAAUUCAAUAUUUAAAAAUGGGAAAAAGGGAACAGUGAACACUUUUAACAAGACACUUGCCAUGCUAGAGGAAGGCAUCAGGUUUGGUUCUCUGAAAUCAUAAUGGAGCCAAUAUUUUAGGUUGAGUACAGAUUUAGUUUGUCUCUGCAGCUGUGAUCUGAUCAUUGCAUACAAAAUGCAAAGUGUAGAGUGUAUAAAUACAUUUGUUGCUUUAUGCUUUGCAUAGCAUUGCUUGCAUAAUCUGUUUUGUCAUCUUACUUUUAUAAGACUUUGGUCAAAAUGCAUCACCUAAGCUCAAGCUUCUAAGAGAUUACCUGUUUUACCUGUAAUGCAAAGUGAUUGGUGUGGUGUCCUUUUUUUCUAUUGAGCAUAGGUACCUCACAAUGCAAACAUUUGAAAAAAAAAUGCAAAUGCUAAAGGUCUGCAGUUUCCAGGAGGUGGACUUCUUUUCAGUGAUUUGUUUUUCAGGAUUAUUUCUUAAACAACAUUGUGAUCACUCUUUAAGGGUUUCAACUAAAUUCUGAAUAAUCCCUCUCUAGAACCUUCAUUCUGACAAAGAAUCUGGACCACAAUCCAUCUUCAUUUUAACUGGGAUCUAUCCACAGUCAUUACACUUUUGACAUGCACAUAUUUUUAUGUGCCAGUCAAGCAUCAUUACCAUGUUUUUUUUGUCAAGGUUAAUUAGACUUUACUGUUUGCAGCUGUAAUAAAAGGUGGAGACAUCACACAUGGAGCUUUCUACUGAUCUACAAAUACAUAUUUUGUUAUUUUAUAAGCAUUUAUGGCCUUAACUUUGUGUACAACUCUUGAGUUUGUUUUUAAUCUGCUUAACAUUUGCUUUUUAUGUCAGAGCAUGAAGAAUACUGAAAAUAAACUACUAACUAUCAAAGCA